GCGCGAUGGGAAAAAAUUAUUUGGUUCUAGUCCAGUGGAUCGGGUCUACGUGCACGAGGCAAGUAAGGAAGCGAAUCCUAAGACGCGCGCACGCACGCUUCGCAAGUGAGGAACUCAUCACUCAGCACACACUUGCGCUGGUGUAAGCUCGCAGCUCGCCGCCUUUCAAGGAGCCAGCAGCCACCGACACUUGCGAGUCCUCGUCCAGCUGAAGGGGAGAGCCAUGAAGCCACCGGCGGCGAGCCCGGGGCGCGCGGAGAAGCCGCAGCUGCCUGCGCCGGCGCCGCCGGGGCUGGCGCGGCUGCUGCUCAGCAAGAGCCGCCGCGGGGGCCGGUCCCGCCGCGCGCCAGCCACGUCGCCCAUGUUCGUCUCCCGCGGCCGGAGCCGCGCCGCGGAUGGGGAGCCCUCGUCGCCCAAGGUCACCUGCAUUGGCCAGGUGCGGAUGCGCAAAGGGAAGAAAGGGAAGAAGGGGGCGGGGGCGCCGCCCAAGGCCUCGCCGCCGGAGAAGGCGAAAGGGUACUGCCGGUGCCUCAAGAACGCCUUUUUAUGCGGCGGGCUGUUCGAAUUCGACCGGAGGCGCCCGCCCAAGGCGCCGUCGCCGGAGGUGGAGCGGAGUAGGCGGUCGCCGUGGGUGUUCAGCAGCAGGGACGUGGCCGUCGCUGCCGCGCCGAAGCCGGCGGAUCCGAAAGGAGACCACGGCGAGGAGGACGGAGAGGAGGUGGAGGUGGGAGCGCGGGUCUUCGGAUCGGUGGGGAGAGAGGAGGCGGAGGAGCUGGGGAUCAAUGGCGGUGGUGUAGGCGACAAGGAGGACGACGAGCCGGAGGCGCAGCUCGUGUCCUCGGCGACCACGACGCCACCCAAGAACGCGCUCCUCCUCAUGCGCUGCCGCUCCGCGCCGCAGAACCGCACGUCCCCGCUCACCUCCAGAUUCCCCGCCGCGGCGCCGUCGCCGUCGCCGACCAGGGACGCUCUCGCAGCGGCGGCAGUGGAGAUCGCCGCAUCUCCAUCUCCCCGCAAGGCGGAGAAGGUGUCUCCAUCUCCCCACAAGCCGGCGGAGAAGGUGUUUGUGGACGAGGGCUGCGAGAAGACGCAAGGAGUGAUUGCCGUACAGGAGCAAGUGGAUGAAGACGAGGACGGCCUGGAGGAGGAGGAGGAGGAAGAAGAGAUGAGGUGCUCGUCGGCGCGGCCGCUGGUGCUGCAGAGGUGCAAGUCGGAGCCGGCGACGACGGCGGCGGAGAAGAUGGCAGCAGGACACGCCGCGGAUGCGACAACCGCUGGGUGCUUCUGGGCCAACGGCGGGAGCAGCGGCCGGAGGAGGCACGCGACACCGCCGCCCGCCACCGCGCCGGUGGCUUUGACCGGUCACUGAGAUGGAGAGGUGGGGGUGGGGCCCAUCAGGAUUAUGUUUUCCUUUUGUUUGAGCUGUUAAUUUAGUAGAAUAUUGCUGUUAUAUUUUUGGCUAGUCUUCGUGUCUCUCCAAGCAAAGAUGCUCUUGUAUAAAUAUUCACUUAAUUAUGCUGCAAAUUUUUUCGUUUUCCUACCAGUGGAGUAGUAGUACUAGUAAUCAUUAAUCCUGUGUUAUUUCAAGUUCGGUAAUACUACCUGGGUUCUAUUUUACUUUUUUUAA